ACAUGAACAAUAGGCUUGGAAAAGAGAAACGCCUCUGCUGCUGCUAAAGGAGGGGUUUUCCUUCUAAGGGUUUUAACUUGGGCUGCCAAACCCAGAAAAUCUCACCAUUCGCCAUGAGAAGAGCUUCGUCCAGGGUGCUCUCUAACCUCUCCCCACACACCAAGCUCUCUUUAUCUCUCCUCUCCAGCGAUUACUGCAUCACCAACCUCCCCCCCGCCGCCGCUGGCAAUGAAGUCAGCCACCGUCGAUCCCACUCUUAUCUCAGUACCCGUGCCAAGACCACCGCUUUACUCUUAUCAAAGGCUAAAACCCUUCAAUUUCAGACAAACCCAUCUCAGAGUCUCAACACCCUCGUGGAUCAACAUGAACUCCGCCCUCAAUUGUCCUCGAGACAGAGAAAGAUCAAAGAGAGGUCGCAGCUAGAGGAGGCUUUUGAAUCUGCAGAGUCUGCCGACGACAUGCUCAAGGCGCUCAAGGACAUGGAGGCCAGCUUUGAUGAGAGGGAGCUCGGUUUGGCUUGCCUGAAGCUUGGCCUCAAACUUGACCAAGAAGGUGAGGACCCUGAAAAGACUCUUUGUUUUGCCAAUAGGGCUUUGAAAGCGUUGGAUAGGGAUGAUAACAAAGUUUCUUUAUCUCUUGCCAUGACUUUGCAAUUGUUGGGUUCUGCUUGUUAUAGCUUGAAAAGGUUUAAUGAUGGCCUUGGGUACCUUAAUAGGGCGAAUAGGAUAUUAGGUAGGUUGGAGGAGGAGGGCUCUGUUAGUGUUGAUGAUAUCAGGCCAAUUCUUCAUGCUGUCCAGCUUGACUUGGCAAACACAAAGACGGCCAUGGGAAGGAGAGAGGAGGCUCUUUGUAAUCUUAGGAAAUGUUUGGAGAUAAAAGAGAUGACUCUCGAGAAAGAUAGCAGGGAACUUGGUAAUGCUAACAGGGAUCUUGCAGAAGCUUAUGUUGCUGUUUUGAACUUUAAGGACGCAGUGCCAUUUUGUUUGAAAGCGCUGGAGAUACACAAGGUGCAAUUGGGGCAUAACUCUGUGGAGGUUGCACAUGAUAGGCGGCUUCUUGGGGUAAUCUAUACUGGGUUGGAGGAGCAUGAGAAAGCACUUGAGCAGAACCAGUUGUCGCAGAAGGUGCUAAAGAAUUGGGGCCUUAGUUCUGAUUUGCUUCGAGCAGAGAUUGAUGCUGCAAAUAUUCAGAUUGCGUUGGGAAGAUAUGAGGAGGCGAUUAAUACUUUGAAGAGUGUUGUUCAGCAGACUGAUAAAGAGAGCGAGGAUCGAUCUCUAGUCUUCAUUUCUAUGGCAAAAGCUAUGUGUAAUCAGGAGAAGUUUGCAGAUUCAAAGCGGUGUCUGGAGAUUGCACGUGGGAUUCUUGACAAGAAAGAAGCAACCUCUCCAGUAGAAGUUUCUGAGGCAUACAUGGAGAUAUCCAUGCAAUAUGAGACAAUGAAUGAGUUUGAGACAGCAAUUACGUUACUGAAGAGAACUCAGAAUAUGCUUGAGAAGCUCCCUCAAGAACAGCACUCUGAAGGAAGUGUUUCUGCACGGAUUGGCUGGUUACUUUUGUUAACAGGAAAGGUUCAAGAGGCUAUUCCCUACUUAGAAAGUGCUGCAGAAAGAUUGAAAGAAUGCUUUGGUUCCAAGCAUUAUGGGGUUGGAUAUAUUUAUAAUAACUUGGGUGCAGCAUAUUUGGAACUAGAUAGGCCUCAGUCAGCCGCACAGAUGUUUGCAGUGGCCAAGGAAAUCAUGGAUGUCUCUCUUGGUCCUAGUCAUGUGGAUUCAAUUGAAGCAUGCCAGAACCUUUCAAAAGCAUAUGGUGCCAUGGGAAGCUACCACCUUGCAAUUAAAUUCCAAGAGCAGGUGAUUGAUGCUUGGGAAGGCCAUGGCCCGACUGCACAAGACGAACUCAAGGAGGCUCACCGACUUCUUGAACAAUUGAAGAAGAAAGCUCAUGGGGUGUCCUUGAACUCGCCUGUUGUAAAGGCCUUGCCUUUGCCGCACGGUAACGAAUUUGUUGCUACCAGAAGCUCUCAACCCGGAGUUUCUCUUAGUGAGAAGCGACCAAGCACAAUUUAAGUGUAUCUCAGGUUAUCCAUUUGUCUUUACAAUGUACGUAAAGAACUGGGGAAUAUUUCAAUCGUGCUGCCACCCAGUUAGGAUGGUGCCGGGAGAAUAGAGAUUUUCUGGGUGAUUACCAUUAUCUACAAGAAUCCUCCAGUGUCUUGUCCUCUUGUCUUGAGAUUUUUUCUUUUUCUUCAUCUCUUCCUUCAUUUACAAUGAUACAAGUCCUUGCAGACUCUGAUAUUGAUACUUCUUUCUUGUUAAAACUCCAUUUUCUGUUACAUUCUGUAUUUGUUAAAGGAUUAGCCUUCUCACGAGUGAUAUUCUAAUUUCAUUCUCAACAGAAAGAUAUAUGUUCAUAUUC